UUGGCGGGCGGGCGGUCCCUGAGGGAUCGCGCGGUUGGAGCCGCAGAAAAUGGCUGCCUCGGCUCCAGGGCGCGGCAUGGCGGGUAAAGGCUCGCUCGGCCGGUCCUCCCGUCCCUCACGCGGUGGAGUUUGACCCCCGUGCCCUGAAAAAAAAAGAAUGAUGCUUGUUCGACUUCGGUGUCGUUCCAAAUUCCAGCAAGACGAGACAUCUGCCAGGAAGUUUCAAUAGUCUGAUUCUGUUGAAUGAUACUCUAAUUACAUUGGAAAGGCAAAUAAUUUUAGGAAUGUUUCGUUGUUAUAGUAAUGUUGAGGCCAAGCUAGCUGUACCUCAGGCAACCUGAAAAGGUUCUUGUAGGAAGACCAGCUCUGCUACCAGAUGAGCCAGGAGCUGUUGAUGCCUUGUUAAACUUAAUGCUGGUGAGCAACUGGAGAAACAGAACGGCAUUUCUGCCCUGCCAUCUUUCCUUAGCAACUGGUUGCCAUCAUGACCUCAUUGAUGCAGCAAGUUCUCAUUCAUUUCCAUCAUAUCCACCAUAGCUCCAAAACACCCUCCCUGCCAUCUUUUGCCCAGGGGCAGCUGCUGCGCCUUUCUCGUCAUUUUGGCUGCUCUCUUCCAGCUUUACAACCAUCUCCUAUUUCUCUGGUAAAGGACAAAACUGCACACCAUUCUUCAACAGCAGUCAAACCACAGGGCCAUACAAGGGCUUUCCUAGGCAGAAGUUCCUAAUGAUUCCUGGCAUAAAAUUACUUGGCAGCCACACCCUGAGCUGACAUUUUCAUCACCAUGAUUUCCAAAACCCCAUUCCUUUCAAUGCACCAAAUAUGCAAUGUUCAGAUCCUUUUCAGCUUUAUACUGCAUAACAUUAUGGAAGAAUUUCAGCAAUCUGAAUAUUCAUAAAUGUCUUAGCAUGAAGUUCCUGAAGAUUGCAAGGCUCUGAGCACUAACCAGAAAUGAAGCUGGUCUGGUGGCUAUCCCUCCUGGUCUUUUGGGACCCAUCUCUGGCAGAUAGAGGGGAAACUCCUGGCCCUCCCCGGGUCCUCACCCCAAACGGAGAAAUCCAAGGGCAGCGGAUCAGAGUGAGAGGAGCUGAAAGAGAGGUGGAGGUUUUCCUUGGAAUUCCCUACGCAAAACCCCCUGUUGGGUCUUUGCGGUUUUCCCCUCCGCAGCCGGCAGAACCCUGGACUGGUCUCAGAGAUGCAACCUCUUAUCCGCCCAUGUGCCUGCAGGAUCCGCUGGUGGGACAAGCUCUCUCGGAUGCCUUGGCUAACACAGAGCGAAGGGUCUCUUUGCGCAUCAGCGAAGACUGUUUGUACCUGAACAUCUACGUGCCCGCCCAGGCUGAUAAGGCAGAGCAGUUAACGGUGAUGGUCUGGAUCCAUGGUGGAGGACUACUGCUGGGUGCAGGGUCCACAUACGAUGGGUCUGUUUUGUCUGCUUACGAAAAUGUGGUGGUGGUGGUGAUCCAAUACCGCUUGGGCAUUCUCGGGUUUUACAGCACUGGAGAUGAGCAUGCUCGAGGGAACUGGGGCCUGCUGGAUCAAGUGGCAGCUCUGCAGUGGAUCCAGGAGAACAUUGCAAAUUUUGGGGGUAAUCCAGGAUCAGUUACCAUAUUUGGGAAUUCAGCAGGUGGAUUCAGCUCUUCUGCCCAUGUGUUAUCCCCUCUGUCCAAAGGUUUGUUCCACAAAGCGAUUUCGGAAAGUGGUGUUGCCAUAAUGAACUUGCUGUUCGAUGCCCAUCCAGAAAAGCUGGCUAAGAAAAUUGCUGAAUCCAUUAGCUGUCCUACAUCCAGUUCCGCUGAGAUGGUUCGUUGCCUCAGGGGGAAAACAGAGAGUGAUAUCUUAUUGGCUACCCUGAAGAUGGAUUUUACCCGGCUGCAUCUGGGUGGAGAAGAACAGCAUGUUAUCCUUUUCCCUGCAGUCGUUGAUGGUCAAUUUUUUCCGAAGAGUCCCAGGAAGCUCUUAGCAGAAAAAAACUUCCAUAAUGUUCCAUGCAUCCUUGGGGUCAAUAAAGAUGAAUUUGGGUGGAUUAUUCCUCAGCUUCUCCAGUUCCCAGACUUCACGAAGGGGCUUGACAAAGACACUGUGAACCUUCUGCUACGCAUCACAGAGCAACUCACAAGAGUUGCUGCUCAGGAUCUUCCCCUGGUUGCCGAUGAAUAUCUCCAGGAUCUCCAGGACCCGCUACAGCUCAGAGAACAACUCCUGGCUUUAUUGAGUGAUGCCGUGUUCACUGCUCCAGCCAUUCUGACUGCCAGGCACCACCGAGACGCUGGCUAUCCGGUCUAUGUUUAUGAAUUGCAGCAUCGCUUGAGGGCACAAGGCAGCCUUAGGCCAGACUUUUCUAAAGUGGACCAUGGGGAUGAAAUAGCCUUUGUCUUGGGAAAGCCCUUCUUCACAGACAGUGCAACAGAAGAAGAUACAGUGCUCAGCAGAGUGGUUAUGAAAUACUGGGCUAAUUUUGCUCGCGGUGGGAACCCUAACGGAGCUGGCUUGGUGACCUGGCCCAGAUACGACUUGAGUGAGCCGUAUCUGGAAAUAGGCAUAAAGCAACAGGUGGCAAGAAAACUGAAAGAGAAAGCUGUCGGUUUCUGGACCAAGAUCCUGCCCGAAAAGGUGGCCGAAGAGAAAGGACAUGCUGAGCUAUAACCUCUUCACUCGCACGGGGACCUCAGAAUUUGGAUCAAUGGAAACUAUUCCUUAGACGGGCCCUCACCCCUCGGUUGCAAG